AUGGACUUUACGAAUGACCUUACCGACCCUGUGGGUACCGUUGUCCCUUCUCCAGUUGCCAACGAGAAUGCCGCUGCCGUGGAAGUCCCUUGCAGGGAUUUCCAAGCCUGUUGCGUCUCGCCCUCCUCGUCUUCCUCGGGACGAGCGCCCUUGCGUCAACUCAUCGACCCGUCCAAUCCAGUUCAUUGUCUCGUAGGGGCUUCAUUACCAAAAGUGGCUCUGGCUUCCCCCACCUUGCGUCUUUUUUCUCCCGUGUCUUGGGUCCCUUCCUCUCAAGAGGAAAACCUUGCUAGGGACGGUGCCGGUGUCCAGGCCCCGCACAGUGCUAACAAUCACGGCUUUGCUUCCCCGAAAGCAUCCGCCGCGAAACGCAAUCCGUAUUCGAUGGAGACCCCUCGGUCGAUUGCCACACCCUUUUCCAGGAAGGAUUCGGGAGGCGGGUCCGCGGAUGUCAUUGGUCGAUCCUCACCUGUUACUUUCAGGCACAGCACUUCCGCCCGAUUCCCAAAUUGGAUGAGUACUGCAAACAAAACGUUGUUCCCUGCGGAUAAGCCUGGCGACGGUGGGGAGUGCGUUGCACCGCCACCUUCACUAGCAAAAUACUCGACGUUACGGGCGGAUGCCACUCCGUGGACGCCGAAAAGUAGUACCUGGUCACCACCGACUACGGCUGUCACCGGCGCGAAGCCGUCCACGCCCACGGAAAAGCUGUGGCGGAUGCAGCAACCGCUCUUUCCUACUCCGCCAAACUUCCUCUACAACUCCACGAACCCCAAUCAGGCCGGUCGCCUUGUAGAAAAAGACCAACAACAAGUUUUGCACAUUCACGACUUUCCUUCGGUGCACACGCAUUACUUGGCACGUACCAGCCACCUGAAAUAUAAUGGGUCCAAGAAUCGCGGCGAUACUGUCGUUUGCAGUCUUUGUCUCGUACGCGGAACGGCGCGAUUGACAAAAAUCCUAUACACGUGUGAGCUCUGUGACUUUGAUGUUUGCCAAUCUUGCUUGGCUGUCAACGGCGGAUACGAUAAGGCCGACGGAGUCGGUCUCGGGGACGAAAUCGUUCUACUCGAACAAAACAAAGACGCAGGGAGCGAAAUGCGUCAGACACCUUUUACCAAGAACAGGCGCGUCUUGGCAACGCCCACAAACCACCAUCUUGUGUCUCCACCGGCAUCCGUACUUAAUCCACUCAAUAUGAUUCACGCUUUCUCGCAACUGACGACCAGUUGUGGUACUGGUUCCGGUGGUGACGGUAAACGAGACGGUCCUCCUCCCGACGAACCUAGGGGCGGCUCCGGAAGCAUCGGAACCAAUAGUGGUCGACUGGGCUUAAACAGCGCUGAAGUGAAUCGAUUGAGAAAUCAAUUUGGACGUCAAGUUGCCAAUCCGCUCACAAAGAGUAAGGAUAUAAACGGCAGCAAUGGAAAGGGCUUUACAGUCUAUAUUUCUAUCAGUGAGCCGCACUUUCACGAAACCAAGGACCUCGAAAUUCUCAUGGAGCAGACUAUUUAUUUUGAUACGACUUGGCCUACCGUCCAAAAGGCGAACGAACGUGCCAAGUAUAUAUACAUGGUAAAGAAUGCGUGGAACCCGAAAAGUCUGGAAACGACAUCUUUCGAGGAAGUGACGAACGAAAACGGGAUGAAGCAGUAUGUCUUGCUCUUGCCUACCGUGGAACUGUGGUCCGCUACCGUUUCUCCGGACGAGGACUUCCAAGUUCUCCCCUACAUCAUCCCAAGGGGACCUCGUGAUCGGAUGGCUCUACUUCUAGCUCCGGCCAAAAGUCCCGCUUUCAUGGGAACGCCUGGUGUCUAA